AUGGCCGACGUCGUUAUGACCGAUAUCCCAGCCCCUGCAAAGAAGGCAGUUGGCAAGGCUAAAGCCGGAGGUUCUGAGAGCGGAACAGACGGCAAGAAGCGCUUUGAGGUGAAGAAGUGGAACGCGGUCGCUCUAUGGGCUUGGGACAUCGUCGUCGACAACUGUGCGAUCUGCAGAAACCACAUUAUGGACCUGUGCAUCGAAUGUCAGGCAAAUCAAGCUUCCGCCACCAGCGAGGAGUGCACUGUUGCAUGGGGGAUUUGCAACCACGCCUUCCAUUUCCAUUGUAUCUCCCGAUGGCUGAAGACUCGCCAAGUUUGCCCCCUCGACAACAGAGAUUGGGAGUUCCAGAAGUACGGCCGUUAA